UGGCUCCAGCCGGCGCAGGCAGCGGCGGCGGCAGCAGGCGAGCCGCGGCACCGAGAGACCAUGAAGGUGAAGAAGGGCGGCGGCGGGGCUGGGACGGGGGCAGAGCCGGCUCCAGGAACCUCGGGCCCGAGCGUGGAGCCCACGCCGGAGCCGCAGGUAGAAUCCGAAUCGGGGUCCGAAUCGGAGCCAGAGGCAGGCCCCGGGCCCAGGCCGGGGCCGUUGCAGGGGAAGCAGCCCAUCGGUCCGGAGGACGUGCUGGGGCUGCAGCGGAUCACCGGCGACUACCUGUGCUCCCCUGAGGAAAAUAUCUACAAAAUCGACUUCGUCAGGUUCAAGAUCCGGGACAUGGACUCAGGCACUGUCCUCUUUGAAAUCAAGAAGCCCCCCGCCUCAGAACGGUUGCCCAUCAACCGGCGGGACCUGGACCCCAAUGCUGGACGCUUUGUCCGCUACCAGUUCACACCUGCCUUCCUCCGCCUGAGGCAGGUGGGAGCCACGGUGGAAUUCACAGUGGGAGACAAGCCUGUCAACAACUUUCGCAUGAUCGAGAGGCACUACUUCCGCAACCAGCUGCUCAAAAGCUUUGACUUCCACUUUGGCUUCUGCAUCCCCAGCAGCAAGAACACCUGCGAACACAUCUAUGACUUCCCCCCUCUCUCUGAGGAGCUGAUCAGCGAGAUGAUCCGUCACCCGUAUGAGACACAGUCUGACAGCUUCUACUUCGUGGAUGACCGGCUGGUGAUGCACAAUAAAGCAGACUAUUCCUACAGCGGGACACCCUGACCCCCCCUCUAUAAACUACCCCCAUCCCUGAGGCUCUAGCCUGGGACCAGUGUUGUGACCUUUCCAAUAUCACCUCUCAACCCCAGGUCUUCUGCUUAGGGAUGCUCCAGGAGCCCUGGACCCUGAGUCAGUGUCAGGAGGAAGGGUUCCUGGUGUCCCCAGGCCAAGCCCCUGAAGCCCAUGAGACCUGACAUAUGGGGAGAGAUAAUAAGGGAGCUGUUUGCCGCCGUGUCCAGGAGGGCCUCUUUCGAGAGCAGUAGUCAGGACUUCCAGACAGCCUAGCUUGGCCCAGAAUAGUGUCCCUUUAAGCUACAAUCAGGUGGGGUCAGGUAUCUGCUCCCUGUUCUUUGCCCACUACCUCCAGGCAUUUAGAGUUGUAAAUUCACAGACAAAGAUCCACAGUGGAUCUAGACCCUGGUCCCAGCCCCAGCCUCCCCCAUUAGGGGCUGAGACACUGUCCGAGGUGUGGGAGGGACUGGUCCAGAUUGCAGCCUGUGGUAGAACUUGGA